CAGCCUGUUCACUGACAACACCUGCUCAGAACAUGUAGUCUAGGCCAGUGGUUCUCAAACUGGGGGCCCUGAGAUGGUGCCAGGGGGCUAAACAUAUAUAAAAUAUGUCACUCUUGCUUGUCUUCAAAACCUGAGAUCCCUGUGGACAGUAGAAACAGUAGAACAUGUACUCAUUAAAUGUGCUGCAUAUAAAAGUGCAGCGUUUUAUUUAACACAAGCCUUAAUAGCACUUGGAAUAAAUAGUUUGUCUAUACAGGUUCUGCUAGAAAACGGUACUAAUAAAGUACUUAAAAUGAAUAAGAUUGACUAACAGAAUUUAAGAUACGGUUUUAUUCCUAUUUUUCUUCUCUUCCUUGUUAUUUGCCUCCCAUGUUGUUUUCCAAAUAUCUUAUCGGCUCCCCACUCCAAUCCUAUAGGUGGCAGAAAUGGCAAGAAACACCAGAAGAAAAAGUAGAAGAACGCAUCCGGUGUUUGUGGUUGGAAUAAUUUUUAAUGAAACUUCCGCAUAACAUUUUAAAUAAUGCAGUCCGUGUUUCUGACACUUUUGUACAUAUUCGGUAUCUGUGCUGCCCUGACAUGUGGAACUAAAUGUAGACAAAAUGAAUAUCUAUCAGAAGCAGAAGAAUGCUGCCCUUUAUGUGCUAAAGGGUCAGUGGUUAUGAAAGACUGCCAUGGUGAUUACAAUACAACAUGCAAACCUUGUUCUAAAGGCACAUUUAUGAUUGGACCAAAUGGUUUUCACAACUGUCAUCGGUGUAAAAUCUGUGUCAAUGGCCUUUUUAUUUCUCAAGACUGUACAACAAUAAAGGAUACAGUAUGUGGGGUUUUGGAUGGAUAUUAUUGCAAGCAUUUUGCAGAUGACAGAAAUGAUUGUUUUCUUGCAAUAAAACACAGUAAAUGCAAACCGGGGGAACAAAUAAACACUCCAGGUACAAAGGCCUCAGAUACCGUUUGUGAGCCCUGUUCUCCAGGGUUUUAUUCUCCUGAAGGUGUGAUCUGCUCUAAAUGGACAGACUGUUCGGUCAGAAAUGAGAUUGAGGUCAAAGAAGGCACUAACAUUAAAGAUGUUCAGUGCAAAUCAAGAAGGAGCAGAUAUGGUCUCAUAGCAACUUUGCUCACAGCAGCAGUUGUUUCACUUCUAGUUUUAUGUUUGAGUCAAAUAAAAUCAGACAGAACUUGCUUUAUAUUAAAAAGCCCUGUAGAGGAAACAGACCCUCGAUCUUCACAAUGUGCCCCAUCAACCAGUCCACUGAAAGACAUUCAGGAAACAGAAUCACCAGCUGUCCAAGCAGACUGUAACAAGGAAUACACGGUGCAGGUGAAAACAUGAGUUACUUCACAAGGAUUUUCUUUUUUACUAAAGCACCAGCUUGAUGAAUGGACAAAUGGACAAAUUUUUUUAGUUGGAAACAGUGUUUGUUUUAACAAAAAAGUACUCUUUACAAAUCACUGAUUCAUUUUGGAAGAGCAGAAAUCCAUAGAACUGUAUUGUUUACAGUUUUUAAUAAUAGAUUUAUUAUUGCUGUAUGGAAUGUUCAUAGUGUUGUUUUUUUUGUCAGUAUUGUCUUUUUUAACUUUGUGUUGGAAUUGAUUUGAUAGCUCCUCUUGAUUGUUAUUGUUUAGAUAUGCUUUCUAAGAUACUCUGGACAAGAUACGAGAAGAACAAUCAUCAUGUAAUAUUUCAUUUCAUUCAUUAUUUUUUACUUUUGACAUCGGACAUUUGUAUUCAGUUAAUUUUGCAAACGAUUAACUUCCACUUCGCUGCUCUUUUUUUCACAUAUUUUCUAAUAAUUUUUUGGAUUUUCUGUGGUGCCUAGUGUGUGAAUUUUAGAAGGGUAGUAUUAUCUCAAACACAACACAUUUACACAUGGAACAUGAGAAAAGGAAAAGCCAUUUGUCCUGGUCAUUUGAAAUUAUGUCAAACACACGUAAGGUGAUGCUGCUGGCAGCAUACAAAGCAUUUUUAGAUGUUGAUAGAGUAUAUGUGGCAAUAAAAGAGAUCAGCCAACAUUUAAGAAAAUCUCAUCAACUGAAAAGAAAAUCUCAUCAACAUUCUACACUCCACAAACUAUGUAAAACAGAAAAUGAUGUAGAAGAAUACAUAAGUAGGUGAUUUGGAAUCAAGCUUCUAGCUUUUGUGAGGAAAACCUAAAUAGUGUCCAUUGUAAAUGCAAUAAAAUAAAUAACCUUCUUAUAACACUGACAUAAUGCACCUGAUAAUUAUUUUAGGUGCUGAAACAUUAAUCUCAUGAUUUACACGAUUAACUGUAAUUAAUUCAAUUCAAUUCAUUCAAGUUUAUUUGUAUAGCGUAUGUUGAACAUCAACUAUUGUGUUCUUGAUACUUUCAUUGUUGUCAGUGCAGAAUCUCUAAAUUAAUCUAGCCAAUGUGCUAAAUAAGAACCUGGGAUGGUUUUAGUUAUUUUCUAUGAGUUUGCUCAGGUGCUCAGCCCUAACAGCUUUUAGAGCCUGUUUCUAACUGUCCUUUUAUGCAAUUCUAAAAAUUCUUUCACUCAAGGUUAUGGGUGGCUCUCUUGAAAAUGUGAAUAUGACUAUUAUACCAUGAUGCAGGUGAUUUGUCUCUAACUUUAAUCGGAUGUGGGCAACAGUCUCUAAUGUGCUAGUGAAGAUGGCGCCUAUGCUGUUUGUCAAUUCCUCUAGAUUGUUUGUGUUUAAGGGUACAGUAAGAAGUUGAGACAGAUCAGGCAAGGUAUUUGUGAAUCUGUCUUUAGUGGACGGAAUAAUAGUUGUACCGAAUCAAUAAUGUGGUGAGAUACAGUUAGUCUGUUCUAUAGGUAUUGUGUAAAGUAUGAGGUAAUGGUCUGUGAUGUCAUCAUAAUAAGGAUGCAGGUGAAAACACGAGUUACUUCACAAGGAUGUUGUUUACUAAAGCACCAGCUCGAUGAAUGGACAAAUAAGACUUUUUACUCCAAAAAAGAGUGCAGUGUUUGUUUCUUUUAACAACAAAAUUUUUUUAAUGCUUUUUUAUUUAAUUUUUUUUAUUAGUGUUCUCUUUACAGGACUCAACCUCUUUUGGGAGAGCAGAAAUGUUGUAUGAUUUAAAAAAAGAGAAAGAUUUAAUAGUGGUGUAUGUGGAAUAUUCGGUGUUUUUUGUUGUUGUUUUUUUGUCGUCUGUAUUGAUUAUUAUGGUUUAGAUAUGUUUUCUAAUAUACUCUGGACUAUGAACAAGAAUGAACAAUCAUUCAUUAUUUUUGACUUCCAAAAUUUUUUGGACAUUUGUAUUCAGUUAUUUUUGUAAAUGAUUUCAUUGACCAGUAGCUGUUACUUACUACUAUUAAACAGUAAUAUGUGUCUGUCAAAUGCCCUAAACAUGUGAUUGCAUUUACAAUCCUGUUACCAAUCCUGUUACUCUGGAUCCAAAUGCCCUUUUCUAAUAAUUCUAUAUUUUGAACAUUUCAGCAUUAAUAUUUUUAAAACUUUUAUAGAUUUUUUUGUAUAAAACUGACAUUCAUUGUUAAUAUUUUGAAAACUUUCAUGUUAUAUUAUUAGUGUUAUAAUUUAAUGUUUGUUCUUUACAUCAACCUAUGAUCCUGAUUUGUAUAAAGGUGUAUUUUUUAUAGAAUGUACAAUAUAAAUACAGUCUUGUGAAAAAGUGUUGGCCCCUUUCCUGAUUAUUUAUUUUUUGCAUGUUUGUCAACAACACUUUAAUGUUUCAGAUCAUCAAACAAAUUUAAAUAAUAGUCGAAGAUAACAAGUAAUCACAACAUGAAAUUUUUAAAUGAAGGUUUUUAUUAUGAUAACAAUGAUGAGACUGCUCAGAUAAGCGGUAGAAAAUGAGUGAGUGAGAGUGAGUGAUGAGACUGCCUACAGGGAGGAGAUCCAACACCUAGCCACAUGGUGCAAUAACAAUAACUUGCUCCUUAACACCUCCAAAACAAAGGAGCUCAUUGUUUACUUCAGGAAAGAGACAAGAGGCACACAUGACAACAUCUACAUCAAUGGGAUGCUGUUAAGCGCAUCUCCAGUUUCAAGUUCCUGGGAACCCACAUCUCGGUGGACCUGUCCUGGACUACCAACACCUCCAGUCUAGUCAAGAAGGCUCACCAGCGCCUCUUUUUCCGGAGGUCACUAAAGAAAAAUCAGCAUUCCUCGAAUAUCCUGCUGAACUUCUACCGCUGUGCAAUAGAGCUGUGUCACAGUCUGGUAUGGAAGCUGCUCUGUUGCAGAGCGCAGGGCAUUGCAGCGGGUGGUGAAAACCGCCCAGCGCAUCGCAGGAACUCCUUUUCCAGCCAUGGAGGACAUCCACAAGAAACGCUGUCUGCGUUGAGCUCGCAGCAUUCUUAGGGACUCCUCUCAUCCUGCACAUAGACUGUUUUCACUUCUGCCCUCCGGCAGGCGUUUCAGGUGCCUCCGGACCAGGACUAGCCGAUUAAAGAACAGCUUUUUCCUAGAGCUGUCUCUUUAUUGAACUCUGCCACUCACUGAUCCAACUGUCCUUCACUCUACUGCCACACACACACCUCACACUAUGCUAUUGCGCUAAUGGACUGUCUAAACUAAACUUCUGAUCACUUGUACAUUUGAUCAAUCACACCCCACAAUUCAUUAUUGCACUAAUGGACUGUUACAUAAAAUCAUACUCAUUUGCA